AUGCCGGGAGGGCCUUCGUCCGCAUGGCUUCAUUCCAUUGAUGCGACCUAUGAGCUAGUGGAAGUACCGGAAGUCCGGGAGAAAUAUCCCGUGUUGGCACAGAAAGUGGCGGCUACGAUUACCGCGUGUGAAGAAGCACUUCGUGACUAUGGGUGGCAUCACUGUGCUCUCAGCUUCAAUGGCGGCAAAGAUUGCACCGUGCUUGCGCAUAUCCUUACAGCGGUGCUGCGCCGAUUAAAUGGAUGUGAGUCGCACCAGUCUGUGCCCACCAUUGAGUCCCUGUAUGUGGCCUGUUCGCAGCCGUUUACAGAGGUUGAGCAAUUUAUUGAGUAUGCCGCGUCUGAGGAGACAGGCUACCACCUCAUACUUCAUACGACGAAAGGCGAUCUAAAAACUGCGCUUACUGAGUACAAAGAAGGUGAGAAGGGAAAAGACAUUACUGCCAUCUUUAUUGGCGUGCGACGUGACGAUCCGCAGGGUUCAACGAUUCAUGUUCGAUCGAAAUGCGAUCCAUCGUGGCCGCCCAUCAUGCGUAUUCACCCGCUGCUGGAUUGGGAGUACGAAGAUGUAUGGGCCUUCCUGCGGUGCCCUCAUUUGCGGGUCGGCGCGACUUCCUCCCAUGUACCAUCGACGGCUUAA